AUGCUACUAGAUCGAGGUGCCGAUGCCAACGCUCAAGCAGGAGAAUCCGAAUACGGUGGAGACUUUGGCAAUGCACUUCAAGCCGCAUCAUAUGAAGGCUAUGCUAGUGUAGUGCAGAUACUGCUGGAUCAAGGUGCUGAUAUCCAUACCAAAGGAGGCCGUUACGGCACUGCACUUCAAGCUGCAUCGGUACAAGGCCAAGAAAGGAUUGUGCAGAUGUUGCUAGAUCGAGGUGCUGAUGUUAAUGCUCACGGAGGAGAUAGUGGCAGUCCACUCCUGAUGGCAUCAUUACAAGGCCAUCAAAAGGUAGUCGAGAUGCUACUAGAUCGAGGUGCCGAU